AUGGCCAAGUGCACGAAUUGGACGUUCCGCUCACUGGCGCUAUGCCUCUGCGUGGUCGUUCUACUGACGUGUGAGGUUAGUGAGGCGCAGGACAUUUUCUCGAUCCUAAAACCUGAUUUGCCGUUCGGUUCGGCUUAUCGAAAGAAGCUGUUCAUUACACGCAUCGGACAGUGCGGGGGAAAGAAAAACCUUCCCGUUUUCGUGCCCGAUAUGCGCAUCGCGUCCUACAAUCGAUCGAGCUACGUCGUCAGUGGGGAGAUCAACUUCCGGGAGAACAUUCCUGAAGGAUAUCGGCUAUCGGUGGCAGUGAAGCAGUGUGAUGACAUCCGCGCCACCGUCAACUGCCGUCCUUUCCUCAACAACAUCGCCAACACGGAUGGAUGCGCCCUGUUGCGUGCCACCGGAACGAUGUACAACGAAUAUCUCGGAAACUUCCAGCCGGAGUUGAAGUGUCCGUUCAAGAACGGCACGUAUGUGCUACGCGAAACGCUCGUGGAUGACGGUUUGGUGAAAUACCUACCUGGAUCAGGCAGCACCUACUGGGACGUUCGAAUGACCGGCCGUAUGAAAGAGCGCAUGAUUUUCUGUGUCGUCAUGCAGAUGAACGUGAGACCCAAAAAAUCAGGCAAUCAUCGAUCCUAA